UAACACUGAUAGUAACUACAGUACACAAACUAAAUAGAGGUAUCUCUAAUCUCGCUCAAGGACUUCAAUUAAAAAAGUAAAGAUUUUAUAUUACAGAAAUGUUUAGUUUUUCAAGUUUUAUCACAAAAAGUUGCCCAAAUGCUAUUAACUUACUAAAACAGCAAAGUAGAAACACGUUUAUUCUAAAACGUCGUUGGCCUCCACCACUUCAUAAAAAAGGUGGUAAACCUUCUAAGUUUAGAGGAAGGCACUUCGUUUAUGAUUUGGUCCAAGAUACUAAUAUUAUUAAGAAACCUGAUCUGAAGAUCAUUCUCAACCAAUUCGUAGACGGUGUGGGUAAUAUGGGUGACAUUCUUACUCUGCGCCCAAUGGUGGCAUACCGAGACUUCCUUAUGCCUGGUUUAGCAGUCUACGCUACACCUGAUAACAUACUUAAAUAUCAAGUCACAGAUGAAAAACCAACAACUGAAAACACAUAUAGUUCCCCUUAUGUUCAAAGAACUAUUAACCUAUUGUCUAACCUAGUGUUGCAAAUUACUAUGAGCAAGAUGCAACCAUGGACAUUGCAGCCUUGGCAUGUCAAGGCGUCAUUCAGGAAAAGUGGAUUUUUUGUGCCAGAGUAUGCUAUUGAGAUGCCACCUGUUGAAAUCAAAGGACCUGAUUUAUCACUACAGGAUAAGGAAUUUUUUAUUACAGUAACGAUAAACAAAACUGAAAAAGUUAACGUAAGAUGCAGAAUACACCACUGGGCUACUGGUCUUGAUCGACUACCCUGGGUGGAGAAUCACUGGAAACAACCUAAGGAGCCCCUCAUCCCUGAACAAGCCCCCAUUCUUGAAAAAAUGCCUUUAAGGGAAUAAGUUUAUGUUUAGUAUGUAUGUAGUAGAUCAGAGAAAUGGUAGAAAUUUUUGCCUGAGAAAAAUUAUAUGGUUAAAUUGAAAUAGUAGGUCAAUCUUUAUUUAUUUUAACUACAGUAAAUGUUAGGUUUCAUUAUGUCAUCAUUUCUUGUAGUAAUAUAAAAACUGCUGUUCUUGGCUCCUGUUCAGGGUCCUGUCAUGAUUGUGCUUUUUCUAUAGCAAAAAGUGUAACAGUAGGAAAAGUAUUUGCCAUGCAAUUCCCUGCACUUUUAAAUAUGACAACCUGUAAAUAUUUGAA